AAAAUUGGCACAUAUAAACAUUGUUAUUAGUGUAUGUAUUUCAAUUCCUUGCCAAAUGAUGAUAAAAAUCCAUUAGUUUGUGAGAGUGUUUUGAAACCGAGACAUUACUGAAGUCGCCACCCAACUGCUGACAAACUAUUCUCCCCAACAGCAACAAGUCACUGAUUACAGAAAAAGUUAAACUUGUUGAAAAAGUGGGUUUUUUGGGCCUACAUCCAAAGUCCAAACCAGAAAAGCUUACAUAUGCACAAGAUUCAACGCAUUUCCAUAUACCGAGAAUUGAAUGGUGUCAACUCAGGCUGCAGGGUGCGCUUUAUUUGCACUACUCCAAUGGUGCUAUGCAUGUUGAUGUUAUAGUCUAUCCAAUAUGGUGUCUUCACCCAAUGGCGCAAUAAUCAAAAUGAAGAACAGAAGAGACAGAAAAUUAAAGCACAUUUUAUGUGCAAUGCAAUUAUGCACACAGAGUAGAGACCUGCAAAAGUGCAGAAGAUAGUGGGAAGACAUGGUGGCCAAAGUGAUCUGAAGCACUGAAAGAGUGGAAGGGAGCUGGUGACUGGUGAGUGUUCAGCUCUACCCAAAGUGGGGUUGGGUUGGGGUGAAGUGACCCCUCAACCAAACCCACCAUGUGUUUGUUCUAUUUCCUCAAAGUCAAGUCAACAUUUUUCAUCAUCCAAGUACACCACCCUUGUACCAAAGAAGCUGCCGUAAAAUCAAUUCUGUAUAGCUACAAGCAUGGGUUCUCAGGCUUCGCUGCUGUCUUAAGUCCAAUUCAGGCUAAACGAAUUGCAGAUAUCCCGGGAGUUGUUUGCGUAUUUCCUCAGAGAAUUUUAAAUUUGCACACAACAAGAAGUUGGGAUUUUCUGCAAGUAAAAUCUCAUUUGAAGAAUGGAAUACUAAGAAGGGCUCAUUUUGGAGCUGCUUCUAUAAUUGGUGUCAUAGAUUCUGGGAUAUGGCCUGAAUCUGAAAGCUUCAAUGAUGAUGGGUUUCAUAGUGUUCCAUCCUAUUGGAAGGGAAUGUGCCAAGAAGGAGAAGAAUUUAAUCGUUCCAACUGUAACAGGAAAUUAGUUGGUGCUCGUUGGUAUAUCAAAGGAUAUGAGGCUGAAUUUGGGAAGUUGAACCCAAGUGAUGGGCUUGAAUUCUUGUCACCCCGAGAUGCAACAGGCCAUGGGACUCACACGUCAUCUACUGCAGCUGGGGCGUCAAUAGAGGGUGCGAGUUUUGCAGGACUAGCAAAAGGGUUAGCCCGAGGAGGAGCUCCUUUAGCUCGGAUAGCAGCAUAUAAAGUGUGUUGGUCCGUUGGUGGCUGUAGCUCUGCUGACAUACUUGCUGCGUUUGAUGAUGCAAUAUCUGAUGGCGUUGAUUUACUUUCAGUAUCUUUGGGUUCACUCCCUCCUCUUUCAAGUUAUGUGGAGGAUCCUGUGGCAAUUGGUUCUUUCCAUGCAGUCACUAAAGGAAUUCCUGUAGUUUGCUCAGCCGGGAAUAUUGGUCCCUCUCCCGAAACAGUUGUAAAUACAGCUCCAUGGGUGAUUACUGUUGCAGCAACUACCAUUGAUAGGGCCUUUCCUAGUGUGAUUACCCUGGGAAGCAAUCAAAUAUUCGUGGGCCAGACUCUGUUUGCAGGGAAAGAAUAUGACAGGUUCUUUCCUAUCGCAUAUGGUGAAGACAUUAAAUCUGGUGAUGCAGAUGAAAAUGAAGCAAGAAGUUGUGAGACUGGAUCCUUGAAUGCAACUUUAGUGAAAGGAAAGGUCCUCCUUUGUUUUGAAUCCCGAUACCAAAGGUCCGCUGUUGCUGCAGCAAGAACUGUACAGGAAGGCCAAGGUGUUGGACUUAUCUUUGCGCGGUUUCUUACUAAAGAGGUCACCGUGUGCUUAGACGUCCCCUGUGUCCAUGUGGAUUUUACAACUGGAACAUCUCUCCUUACUUACAUAGCAUCAACCAGCAAUCCCAUUGUAAAGUUCAGCCUUCCAAGGACGAUUGUGGGGCAGCAAAUCUCCCCACAGGUAGCACUCUUCUCUUCUCGAGGGCCAAAUUCCCUAUCUCCAACAGUACUCAAGCCAGACAUUGCUGCUCCCGGGGUCGAUAUUUUGGCAUCAUGGUCACCUGCAUCCUCUGAUCAGUCAUUGGAUUCCAAUAAAACUCAACUUCCCAAUCUUAACUUCAAGAUUGUAUCAGGAACCUCCAUGGCAUGCCCUCAUAUAUCUGCGAUUGUGGCUCUGUUAAGAGCCAUCCACCCCACCUGGAGCCCUGCUGCAAUCAAGUCCGCCUUAGUCACAACAGCCUCUUUAACAGAUCAGUAUGGGCAGAAUGCAGUUGCAGAAGGAGCUCCACCCAAGCAAGCUGAUCCAUUUGACUAUGGCGGUGGCCAUGUUGAUGCUAACAAGGCCAUAGAUCCCGGCCUAAUAUAUGACAUGGAUCGAACUGACUAUGCUCAAUUCCUUUGUUCCAUGGGAUACAACAAAACAGCCAUCAGUUGGCUCACCAGGUCACUGCUUCCAUGCCACGCGCCAUCCAAUUUCCUCGUGAACUUGAACCUCCCAUCAAUAACCAUUCCCGCGUUACAGAGGAGCCUGCAGGUAUCAAGAACAGUGACGAAUGUAGGCCCCGUGGUUUCCAUUUACACUGCACGGAUCCAAGCUCCCCCCGGCAUAAAAGUAAGAGUGGAGCCAUCCCUUCUGUUGUUUAACUCUAGUGUUAACAAGGCAAUGUUCAAGGUCACUCUGUGUUCCAAGCUGAGCAUACAAGGAAGCCACUCCUUUGGGAACUUGUUUUGGGAGGAUGGUCAUCAUGUUGUGAGAAUACCCUUGAUUGUUAGAACUAUCAUUCCAGAGUUUCAGGUUUGAAAAUGAACAUGGAUCCAUCCUUGCCUUUGUAUUAA